UAGAAGAGUAAGAACAGCUCUGCGAACAGUAGGAUAUGCAUUUCUCCGAUAUAAAUAAUGGAUUUUAAACAGUUAGACAAACGUUAAACAAGUGGAAAGAAUAUGCAGAUUAUUAUUGUGUUGGAACCUCAAGAUAACCAGAAAAUAUUCAUUCAUAAUUUUUAAAAUAAAAGUGCUUUAAUCAUUUAACAGGAGGAGGGAGAAAUCAAAACCUGUUGUCUUGCUGAAUGAUCUUACCUUAAGAAACUUGGAUUUUCCGCUGUCAAAGUCGUCCUCCGGGGAUGGAUUUCUAAAACGUAGAUCUUGUGGCCAUCAUCCGGGAUUCAUAUGUAUCCAGUCAAUUCAUUGAAUUCGAUGCCCUCGAGCCUUUUGGAUUAUUUUCCGGAAGCAGAAGGAGAUGGACUUCGUGUGACAUGGGCUCGUGCAACAAACAAUAAAGCUCGUUUGGCAACGGGGCUAAGGAGUUCUGCCAAUCUCAUAGAAGGCGAUGUGAGCAUGUCGUGCAACAGUCGCUAUCCUGUGCCGAUCAUGUCACCCUCGGCCACAGUUCCCAGCGAUCUCACUCUGGAAGAAUGGCUCCAGGAGCUGCUCAGAUACAACAAUAAAGGUAUCCAGCUAAACUUUCAGUCCACGGAGGUGGUCGAACCUGCAUGUAGAGUGCUUGCAAGGGUAGCCGAUCACCUACGUGGUCCUAUAGUUCUGAAUGCUGAUAUUCAACUUGGUCCGCACAGCUCUUCCGCAAUACCUGUGGAUGCAUGGACAUUUCUUACAUUGUGCAGAACUCGGUUUCCUAGAUCCAUCAUAUCAAUAGGAUGGACGACUGAUGUUCUGCCGUCCACUUAUCUUAAAAUUGGGUACACUCGUGAGUAUAUAGAUCGUAUGGUGGCCCUUGUAAAGGAGUACACCUUAAUUCAACCUGUUAUGUUCCCAGUACACGCCUCGCUUUUGAAGUACUCCAUUCCGGAAAUGCAGCGACUGCUCUUCCAAGUUCCUAACAGCUCGCUUUGUGUGUGGUCAACUAAAGCCAACCCAAUAGAAUCGAUAGAUGAGUUGCUGACCAUUCGAAAAUCUUUCAACAUUGGACAGGUAUUCUACAAGCUUCCGCAUGAACAGCUAGAAUGCUUCUUUUCCAACACUUAGAAUGUGUACAUUCGUUUUCCGCCCCCUAAUUGAUUCUCUCUAAUUCGUUAUUGUUCUUGUUGUCUUAUGUUAAUCAGCUGCCCAUACGAUGAAAGUGCAUCUGAUUUUGUUCGUAGUAUUAUUUUCAAUAUUUUUCAUAAUAAUGAAAAUGGGUUGCGGAUAACCGUAACCGUAGAUAAUUCGAUAUGCUAAUGUUUUUAAUUUCAUCAGUCAACACGCACUGAUAAGCCUUAAUUAAAACAAAGAUUUUUUGGAGUGGGUAACUAUUACCUAUAAAAAUGCAAAGUACAGAAGAGAUAUAAAGCAGUCUUUAAGUUUCGGUGAAUUCUGUAGAAAAUUCCAACAAAUCUAGACACAGAAACCGAAUCGUUUUGUUCUUUUAUUUACUAUCAACAUGACUUAUGUGAUGCAAUGAAAAUUAUGUAUCACGAACUGAUAAUUCAUUUAUUCAUUCUAUAUAAGAUGAAUGAGCAAUUAUGUUGAUUCCAGAAGGAAAUGGCAACAGGAGCAAACGAUUUUAUUAUAUUUUUUCCUAAGAGGCACUUGUAUCUAUUUGGAACAGUUAGCCUCGUUUUAGAAGUUAUGGUUUCAUGAAUAAGGGUGGUAACAUUGAAGACAACUGAAACUGACCUUCUCUAGUGUUUGCAUGCCUAAUUUUUGGAACGUCUGUUAUAGUGAUACGAUUUUAGUCAUAAUGAAUUUUCAUGAAUCCUGAAUGUUUACUACUUUUGUUGCCAUAAAAUUUGCAAACUUAGGCAUUAUCAGUAGGCAUUAAGACUUUACAGGUCAUUUUGUUGUCUACAAUGUAGAACAUGUUUUUCUUAGUUGUUUCUGUAUUACUUGAAGAUUUAAUGAAAUAUUUUGAUUUUCAUCCUCUAUUAUUUUAUUUAGUUCACAAACAAACACAUUGAUUUUGAAAGAUUCUGUUUUUCCAAUGUUUCACGGAAUUAAUGGCUAUAGCCUAAGACCUUUUCAUGCAUUAAAUGCUGUAAUAAAUCAAAACUAACUCACAAUUUAUUUAUUAUAUAAAUAGAUUUUUGCUAUUUUUUUAAAUAUUCUUUGCAAGUGGAAAUUUUAAAAGUAUGAAUUUGGUUGUUUAUACAAAU